GAAGCGUUCCUCGUAUAGGAAGUAACGUCAGUGAGCGUGGUCGCGCAGAUUCACCGGUGUUUACAGCUCAGAGUUUCAGAAUGAGCGGAGGAGGCAUACAGAGACACAGCAGGGCCGAGGAGGAGGAGGAGGAGCACGAGGAGGACUUCUAUGACUGUCCGGACACGCUGGAGCCUCCUGACCCCACUGCAGGAGAAGGAGGAGAGGAGAGCCAGCAGGACGUUCAUUUUAAACACACACAGACUGAACGAGGAGACACAGAGAGGGAGGCAGCAGAAGGACACCAGGGCGAGGAGCGGGGAGACAGACUGAAGGAAGAGGAGGACAAGAAGGAGGUGAAAGCUCCGCUGGAGACAGAGGAUGUGGAGCAGGGGGAGGAGGGGGUAGACGGGGUGAAGGAAGAGGAGGAGGUGAAGGAGCAACAAGAUGGAGACUCCCUGCAUGACUCUGACUCGGAGCUGAAGGAGGAGGUGAGCCCAGCCGUAGAGUUUGAUGAUGAUUACCUGAGGGAGGUGGAAAAGGAGCUGACCGAGGAGGAGAAGGAGAGUCGAAGGCAGCAGAGCAUCAGUCUGAAGGAGGCGGGAAACGCCCACUUUAAGAGGGGAGACUGGGCGGAGGCGGGGCGAAGCUACACGGAUGCGCUGUCUGUGUGCCCCGUCUGUUUCAGCAGAGAGCGAGCCGUGCUGUUCUCCAACAGAGCCGCCGCGAGGCUGCACCUGGAUCUGAAGGAGCAGGCGAUCUCAGACUGCAGCAGAGCAAUAGCGCUGGAUCCUGACUACCUGCGGGCGCUGCUGAGGAGGGCGGAGCUUUACGAGCAGACAGAGAAGCUGGACGAGGCUCUGGAGGACUACCAGAAGGUUCUGGAACGAGACCCAAAUAACGUUGCUGCCAGGCAGGCGGCCAUGAGGCUGCCUCAGCAGAUCCAGGAGAGGAACGAGAAGCUGAAGGAGGAGAUGCUUAGUAAGCUGAAGGACCUAGGUAACAUGAUCCUGCGGCCGUUCGGACUCUCCACCAACAACUUCCAGGUGAACCAGGACGCCGCCAGCGGUGCCUACUCCAUCAACUUCAUCCAGAACCCCAACAACAACAACAGGUGAUGAUGUCACAGUGAUGUCGUUGCUCACAGCCGUGACAUCACACCACAGAGCAGCGGUUCACCUGUCUGCUGAUCAGUUUAGUUACUGAUCAUGAAGAAGCCGGUAUGGACUGGUUAUUGAUUGGUGAUUGACUCUUAAUGAAGAGGAAUAAAAAACCUCUGAAAGGUGAUCUGUUCCAA